AUGAUGUGGAGCUUAGAAGUGAUGGUAGUGCCGCUCUAUUGGGCUCAGGUGGAAGAACCAGGGGACCCGAACGGAUACCUUCUGGAAGUGUCUGGUCACAAGUUGGCAGCAUUGUUGUCGAACCUCCUAUUCACCGGGGAACUCCUUGACCGUGUGUCACGUUGGCGGGCAAUGCGCACCAUCGAUGAGCUGAUAAUGAUCGUUCCUGUUGUCUUGAACCUCAAAGGCAACUUGGAAAUGAAUCUUUCUGCUAGAAUGGGAACUGCGGCUAAUAUGGGCGAACUAGACGACAGGAGCGCACAACGCAAGAUUGUGGGUGGUAAUCUGGCGCUAUUGCAAGUGCAAGCUACUGUCGUCGCAUUUGUUGCAGCUUGUGUCGCAAUGCUUCUCGGUCUUUUGGUCUCAGAGCUACAGUCGGGUCCUGUAGACCCUUUUCCACAGAGUAGCACUUUAUCGCUCACUGCUAGGGUACCCAGACCGUCGUUGUCUCCAGGUGACAACCAGAAAUCGGGUUUAGUCAGAUUCACCAUGGUAGCCUCUUCAGCUAUGACGUCCACAUGCUUGUCGAGCAUUAUCCUCGGUGUCUUCAUGUCUUUCCUAGUCAUCGUCUGUCGACGGUAUGGCCGUGACCCAGAUAAUAUUGCGCCACCGAUAGCAUCGGGCCUUGGGGACCUACUCACACUCAGCCUUCUUGGCGGCAUUUCCUCUAUCCUCAUUAAUGUCGUUAAUACUCCCAUUCCUCUCGUUUGUUGCAUACUCACUAUUCUCUCCGCCACGAUAUGUGUUCUCCUGGUGAGGCGUAACAAAAGUGUCAAGGAUUUACUCUAUCAGGGCUGGAUUCCACUUUUUGGCGCAAUGACGAUUUCUUGCGCUAGUGGCAUUGUGCUUGAUAUGUUCGUCUCCCGCUAUGAAGGGUUCCCUCUUCUCGCUAUCGUUAUUAGUGGACUCCCUGGCAGCAUUGGGUCUAUAUUUGUCUCCCGACUCUCAACUGCUCUUCACACAGCGUCUGCGAACACGUACCUGCACAAAAGCGAACCUUCCCCCAAACUUGUCAUGGUUACGUUCAUUCUCAUCACGGUCCCGAUAGUGAUUUUAUUUCUCUGUAUCCUACGCGUAUCUGGAUGGUUAAAAUUCUCUAUAAUAUUUGCCAUAUUAUCAGUGUUAUUUUUUUGUUGUGCAGUCUUCACCUCACUAGUUUUAGCUCGGUCAUUGACCGAUUUAUUGUGGUCCAGAGGUUUUGACCCCGAUAUAUACGCACUACCUAUUCAUUCCGCUCUGGUGGAUCUAGUAGGGCAAGUACUACUGGUAUUGUGCUUCGAGAUUGUCUCGUAUUUAGGCACGAACUCGUAA